GCUCUUCAUAUCACGAUGGUUAAAUAUGAAAGAUGCUUUGUAAUCUGUCUGCUAACCUGGUUACAUUACUGCCAAGGUAUGUCAGUAAGUGUAUUUACAGAGGCCGGAAAAGAAGCACUUUCUGGUUUGUACUGUCGUACUACUGUUAAACUUAUCUGCAAUGUUACGAGUCUUCAUUUUUUUCGAUGGACAUACAAUGCCAGCAAAAUAGAAAUUGUUAAUUUUCAACCUGAUGAUAUACUAACUUUGAACCAGAUGACUACUACUUAUUCAGCAUUUCCCUUUGUCCAGCUAACACAGUUCAAUGCAUACAAAAACCAGCAAAAUCAGUCACGGAUUAACGUUUCAACAAUUCUUACUGUUGAUCUCUCAGAGCUCUACAAGCAAAACAUUGAAAUUAUUUCUUGUGGUUCUAUUAGCCCAAAGAAUACAGCCACAUUGCCAGUGAAUAUCAGCAUCUUACUGCCAUCUUUUCCUUCUGUUACUCCUGACGUUUAUGUAAGUGUGACCAUACGCUAUGAGUCUGGAGUAUUGUCUAGUGUGGAUGUAUCAUGGAGGAAAUUUCGGCAACCGGAUUGUCCUGAAUAUGACAAUUCACAAGAAUACCUCAUCAAUGUCACUGGAUGUGGGUGGAUGUGGAUCAACCAUAGCACCUGUGAAGAUAAUAUUUGCUCGUCUCUGUUCAGUAAUUGCACAGACAAUGUUAGAGAAAUUAAUCUACAAGCCAAGAUUUUUGACAUUGAGAGUGAAUUACAAGUACUUUAUCCUACGUCUGUAGAUUACGAUAAUGUCUAUUUCAAACCUGUUGUUAACCAGUCGUCUUACUCUAGAUGCCAAAUUUAUGUCCAGUGUUUACCCAUUCAAGGAGAUGUUAGUGAAGAUCAAAUGUGUACCAUUAGAUACACUACAGAUCCGGAAUAUGGAAAUCUAUCAAAUCCUAUCACAACUCUAGUUGGCAUAACACCUGUUUCACUUUCACUUACUACUCCUGGUAAUAUGUACUAUUAUGAGUUCUCCUUGUUGGUGAAUGAGACCUUGUUGAUUGUGGAAAGAAUGGAGUACAUGACUACAGAAUCAGGAGAAUUAUUCCAGCUGGGUGUAAGAGAGGGUGCUAUCUUUACUAUUGUAUCAUCAUUCUUAGGAUGCUUUAUUGUCCACAUUACAAUGAUAUUGUGCCUUUUAAUAGCUCGGAAAGUAUCCAGAUUGAAUGUGUCCAUUACCAACAAAGUUCUUCAAAUCUUGAUAACACUUAUUUGUUUCAUGUUCUUUAUUGCUUGUGGCACUCUGUUGACAAACUUUGCGAUUAUUUUAAAUGAUGUGUGUUUCACAAACCAACAAGUUCCCAACAGUUUGCUUGAUGCAAUGUUAGUAAUUUCAUGUGUUGGGAUAGGAAUCCUUCUCCUCUAUUGGGUGUUUAUAACAUACAAAGUAUAUAAACAGCGAACUAAAGGAACCAACAGCAUGCCUGAAAACACAACGUCACAUCACGACAAGCCUCUACCUCAGAACAUUAAUUCACAAACAGCUCAAUGUAAUAUUCAAGAGUCAUCUGAGAAGCCACCCGAUUCUCGAGAGUGCCAGCAUAUGCAAACCAAAAGUGUUAAUGAAAAUAUGGUUCCAAUGCAAAAUGUAAUAAUUCAAAAGACGCUAUCCAAUAGCAGCCAGCUAGUUACGUCACCUAGCAGAAAAAAUCCACCCUCCACAAAAUCAAGUCAGCAUUUCAACAAUGUUUUGUAUGAUGAGGUUGGAAAUGUCUCGGAUAUGACAGAAGUCGAGUUGAAAGCUAACGAGUCUUACAGGCACACAGAUAAGAUGUUUUUAACUGCAAAGAGUAAUGUGGCUGCUUGCCCAUUAUGUUCGACACCAGCCAGCAAAAUCCAGCAAGGUUUGUCAUUAAGUCAUCAGUACAGCGAGAUCAAAGGGAAACCAAAGAGUGAGCAUCCUGAGCUAAAUGCUAUGGAGCAGGAGAAGAUAGAGUUGAAGUCUAAUCAGUCGUAUUGUCAGCUAACAAGUACUGUGGGUCAGAUAGGGGGAUGUGAACCACUGCACGAGUACGACUAUAUAUACGUGGACACCUAGUAACGAGGGAUAAGAACCACUGCACGAGCAUAAUUAUAUAAUUAUGGCUAUAUACAUAAUUAUACGUGAACACCUAGUAACUAUAUAGUUCAUCACAUCACAAGCCAAUUUCCUAAAG